UUGCUGGUACGUACAUGGGGGGGUGGAUUUGUUUAGACUUAGGUUGAAGUGGUUGUAUGUUGUGGAUACAGAUUAACUAUAUUACAGAAAAGAAAAAUGAACAAGGUGGAUACUGAUAUAAAGUUGGUUGUUGAAACGGUCAGAGAAAUUGAGGCACCUUUAGGAGGAACUUCAGUGGAAUAUGUAAUCACUGGUACCUUUAAACAAAGUCUCUUUAAUUCAAAUUGUGAAGAUAAUGGAAUAGUACAUGUUGAGAUCUCCAAAAGCUAUAGAGAGUUUGAAGAUCUAUAUGCAAAGAUGAAAAAGAAAUAUACAUCAUUAUGUCUUCCUGUCUUACCCAAAAGUAAAUUAGAAGAUCACAAUGUGGUAGAAGAAAAAAGAAAACAUCUUGAUAAUUUUGUCAAAGGAGUAGCUCAAAAUAAGAAUAUUUCUCUUUCACCUAUUUUACUUCAAUUUUUGGGUGUAGACAGAGAUAACCUGCAGAAAUCAAGUGUCUGUAAAGGAAACUCAAAGAUAAACAAUCAAUACACUGAAGACAAAAAGGAAACUACUAGAGAAAAAACUGUAAUUGUAGAUGAUGAUGGAUUUGAUAUUUUUGAGGAGCUUCAGGGUGAACAACAUCCAACCUUCAGUAAAAUGUCAGAUAUAAAGAAGAAGAAAGAGGGACUGUUUGAUGAUACUGAGGUCACAGAGCCAGAGUUGUUUGGUUAUACAAAAUCCAAGAGUGCAUACUCAAGAAAGACAUUAGAGUACCAACCAACUGUUGAAUCCAAAUCCCCAGCUGGAGAGUCAGCAGAGGAGAGUAAAUCAGCAACAAGCUCACUGCCAGGGGAAGAAAAUACAGAUGAGUGGCUCUUCACAGUUCCAAACACUCACAGUGAUUUCUUGUUUACCUCUGAUGACAUAGAUCCUAAGAAAGAAGAAGAGAAUGAGGAAGAAAUGACUGAAUUACUGAAAGUUGACACUAAUUUAGAUGACUUGUUUGGUAAGAAAAUGUCACCGCCUAAAACAGACAUAGAGACAACACAAAGCCAAGCUGCUGUUUCUUCUACUGUCACUUUUGAUGUUGCAACAGCUUCUGAAACUGAUAGUGUAUCUACUUUCAAUGUUGUGAAACCAGUUCCUAAGCCCAGAGCAAAGAAUAUUUCCACUUGUAAGAACUCUACAUCCCACCAUGACCCAGUGUCUUCAAAUAAUGAGGAGACUAAAAAGCAGUUGCAAGAAGAAACUUUCAAAAAAUGUAAGCCUACACCUCCUCCUAAGCCAGUUUCUGUAACCAGUGUGAAACCCGUUCCUUUACCAAAACCAAAGAUUCUUCAGAAACCUGUUGCUGGCAACCAAUCUACUCAUUUUCUCGGUGCAAGUAAAAUGUCACAUCCUUCUGCAGAAAUUAAGCAGACACAAACUUUAGACAAAGAGGUAAACAAGCUACCUGUUGAGUCAGAAAAAACAGAAGACAUUGACAUUGUAAAGUAUAUUGAAGAAGAACAAAAGUCAACACAAUCAACAGUGAGUCUGUUUGACUAAAAGUAAUCAUCAAACCAAAAAUUAUAUCAAGUUAUCACAUAUAAUUUUGAAAUAUUCACAUGACAGGAUAAUCUGAAUGAUUUCUGAGAUUGAGCAAUUAUUGUGAUCCUAUUUGUAGUUUGUAUUUUCUUAAGGGCACUUGUGGAAGCUAAUUCAUUAUAUUAUGAAAAAUGACCUUAUUAUUUGAAGGCUACCAUCAUGUAACACUUGAGAUUUAAGUUAGAAUUUUUAUAUCAGGAUCAUAGAAAAUUGAAUCCUCAGAACAAAUUUAAUCACUUGUUGAUAAAUAAUUAAAGCUGUAAAAAGAAGGGUAUGGUAAUUUAAAGAUUUAUAUCAGUUCUAUGUUUAAGUUUACUGAAUGAUAUGCACAUUGCUUGUGUACACUAUUUUACUAUUUACAAAGAAAUAUGGAAAAUAUUGUAUGACAAGGUGUGGUAACUUAAUUAUAGAAUCUAAUUUCACUGUAGAAUGUUGUGUAAAAUGUUUUGAAAGGUAUAAGAUUGUAUUAUGGAAUUUUGUUAUCAAAAAUUCACAGACAAGGAUGAAAUGUGGUUAGCAGAUAUAUAGAAAUUAUACAUCAAAAGGAUAGUGUUUUAAUAAUUACUUUUGUUGAUUUUAUACAAUAUUUCAGUUUUUUCCAACAAACAUCUUCAAGUGUUGUGAUUUGUUUGCUUGUUUAUUUUGAAUAUUGUGUUUAUGAAUUGUAUGUAGGAUAUGGCAUGUAACCUGUGAAAAGUGCCUUUUGGUAAAGAAGGUGAAAUAAUACAAUUUUUUCCCAACUCCAUAAGUCUACUCACUUCUAACACCCAACCAGAAAACAAUUUAUCUAAGUUUAACACCAACCAAUAUCUGAGUUUUAUCUGACAAUUGACAUUUUUGUGUGUGACAGUUAGUACUCAAUAUACUAUGAUAUAUCUUGUGAAAUGAAACCUGUGCAUCUUAGUAAAUUCUCUUAAAAUCAUUUUCACAUCUUUAGUUAAAAAACAACACUGAAAACAAAUAGGUAACAUCAUGUAUUAAGUUAGUAUUAAAACAUUUUUAAUGAAGAUCUGAUAAUAGUAACAUAUUCUGUUUAUUUCCAGAACCUUUGUUUUUUUGUGUGUGUGUACAUCUCAGAACAAAAAUUUUUGAUCCUUUGUGAGUUAUGUACAGAUUGAUACGUUAACUUUACAAAAAUGGCAGAUAUUUACUGUGGUAACGAAACUGCAUAUCAACUUCUAGUAUUUAAGGAUAAUAAGGGACCUGUUGGUCCAUCUAGACUCCCAUCCACUAAACUACACACAUAAAGUCAAAGCCAACCCUUAUCAUUGAAAUAUUUAUCAAGCCCUUAAAUGUACUGCUUCUACCACAUCUGAUGGCAACCCAUUCCAAAGAUCAAUUAGAAAAAUAAAACUGUCUUAGCUGAAGAUGACUCCUACACUGUAGAAUUAAUAUUGUCCCUUAGUUCUACCAUUCUCACCAUUAAGUACAAAAACAAAAGAUGAUUCAUCAACACUAUCAAUUCCUUUAACAAUCUUAUACAUCUCAAUCAGAUCUCCUUAAUCUUCUUUCCUCAAGAGAAAACAACUUCAAAAAUCUUAACCUGCCCACAUAUGGCAACCUUUCCAUCCAAGGUAUCAUCCUAGUAGACCUUCCCUGAACCCUUUCCAACAAUUCAAUGUCCUUCCUAAGGUAAGAAACCUAGAGCCCAAGACUGACCAUAAUAUGCCUAAUAUGGCCUAGCCAGUGGUGUAUACAAUGAAAUUAUAACCUCUUAGACUUGUAUUCAAUAUUUCUUUAGAUGCAACUUAAAAUAAUAUAUUCCCUACAACUAGCAACAGCAUACUGGAUGGAUGACCUUGGAGAUUGAUCAACAAACGAACAAGAUCCUUUUCUUCCAUAACACGUAUAGCUUCUAUAUGUGGUAUCUUUACUAUACUGAUUUAAAGAUCGUGGUUAUACAAUGUGUUGGAUAUUGUAUUUAUAAGAAAAUUCUGCUCUUGAGAAAAUAAUUAUUCAGUAGAGUAUGUUAAAUAACUUUGAAAGAUGAAGGAUAUAUUCAUAGUGUUCACUUGUAAUCUACAGUUUGAAAAAUCAAUCAUGUGUAUAUAGAAUUACAUAUAUUUUCCAACAAUUACAAAUGGGAUGUCUGUGUGAAAUUUGAUAGUUGCUAUAGUUAGUCAUUAUGUACUGUAUAAAUGGAUACUUUAUUCUGCAUUUCUAGAAAUGAUGUGUGCUUGAUAUUGUAGUUUGUAAUUAUCAUACAUAGCUUAAUAGAGCUGGGCAAUUUAAUCAAUAAAAUUGAUUACUUAUGAGCAGCAAUUACAUUGAUUAGUGCCAUGCAAUCUAAUUGAUUAAUCAAAAUUAGGUUUUUGAUUCAUUCCAACUAUCCAAAUAAAUGCUAUCUGCCACUGUCACUAAUUUUGAACUACUGACUAGAGAGAAGACAACUGUGGCAUCACCCAUUGCUGACUUUCUUUUUCUUUUUUGAACUGCUGACUAGAGAGAAGACAACUGUGGCAUCACCCAUUGCUGACUUUCUUUUCUUUUUUGAACUGCUGACUAGAGAGAGGAGAACUGUGGCAGCACCCAUUGCUGACUUUUUUUUUUUUGAACUUUUGACUUGAGGUAAUGCAACUGGCUUUCAUCACCUGCCACCAAUCUUUUUUUCUUUGGAGCUGCUGACUAGAGUGAAGGCAACCGUGUGACAGCACCAGCUGCCAACCUUUUGUUGUUUUUAAAUUGCUACUAGAGGGAAGGCAACUGGUUGGCUGCACCUGGUCCCAACUUUUAUUUCCUUUAUAGAUACUAUGGUUUGAGAAACACUGUAUUAAUCGAUUAAUGGGGCUGUCAAUUAAUCGACUAGCAACUACCACUAAUUGCUUGACUCUAUAGCUUAUAUUCUUAGAUAUUGAACACAUUUUCAGUGACGAGGAACCCACUUUGAGACUAAUAAUGGCUGGAGACGGCUUGAAUGGGUAAUGAAGAAAAACUUUAACAUAAGUUUAACAUAACAGCAAAUGUACAAUGUUUCGACAAGGUUUUAUCAUUAUCAGGUACAAAGUUUUUCUUCAUUACCCGUUCAAGCCAUCUCCAGCCAUUAUUGAACACAUUUGUGCCUCCAGCUACAUGCUUCAUAAUUGCAGUGGUAUAUUUAUUGAAUUAAGUGUGUGGUAACUGAAGAAUUAUAACGUUUGUGAAAUGUACUAGCUUAUCUUAAUGAAAAUUGUAUACAAGUGUACUUGAAUUAUAUAUCCUUUCCCCCUUUAUUUGCUGACCUUGUAGCAAUGAUAUCAAAGGAUUAUUAGACAAAGUCAGUGCAAGCUAAUUUUUAAUUACAUUCUACUUUACUUUUUCAAACAAGUGUUAUGAAUAUAAAUAAUUACUAAACCCUUGAACUGAUUCAGACUCUUUCUUUCAAGCUUAAUUUGCAGUCACUUUGCAAUUCACUAAUUUAUCGGAAUAUUUUUACUUUUGAGAAAGGAAUAAGUAUUAAACGUUUUGAUGUUUUAAUAACAAAUUGCUUGAAUUUUUCAUUGGAUGUCUGUUUUUCACAUUGAGUAAAAUCUAUGCUCUAUUGUGUUAUGAAUAUAAAUAAUUACUAAACCCUUAAACUGAUUCAACUUCCCUUCCUUCAAGCUUAUUUUGCAGCCAGUUUGAUGCAACCCAAUAAUUAAUCAUAAUAUUUUUACUUUUGAGAAAGGAAUAGGUAUUAGACAUUUUGGUGUUUCAGUAACAAAUUGUUUGAAGUUUUUGAAUAUCUGUUUUUCACAUUGAGUAAAAUCUAUGCUCUAUUGUGUUAUAUAAAAGAAAAUGCUUUAAACAAGUUGCACUAAUGUCUUUGUCUUGCAUGUUAUAUAUAUAUGGAAAAUGUAUUGGGUCAUGUAGCUGUGAUAAACUCCCUUUUGUUAGUUGUAUAGGUGACAAUUAACUUGUUCAUGUACAUUUCUACCAAUAGAGAUUAUUUCUGGAUGUUGCUCAGUUAUAGCACAGAGAAGCAUACUUGUAUAUGUAUUUUGACUAAAAAUGAGAACUUGCAACUAGUGUUGCCAAGAUACAUGAAAUGUAGAAAUUAAUGUUUAGGUUAGUGACUAUUGUUGCUUGAUUGUAAUAAACAAUGUAACAUUUGUGUGAUAUUGAACAAGAAAAUUGUAUGUAAAGAAUAAAAAUGAUUUAAGUA